AUGAUCGACGUGCAGAGCGGCGAACUCCAGAUGGUCAGUGUACGCAGACGGGACACCCUGACCCUGUGUCGCGAAAUCCAACGGCACGUGGCGCCCGGGACCACGAUAACCACGGACGAGUGGGAAACUUACAGGAGGAUUCCCGCGCUCCGGGACGCGGCUGGAGUUUCCCUGGACUAUACCCACCUGACCGUCAACCACAGCCGUCAGUUCGUGAAUUCCAGGAACGUGGCCCACACUCAAAAUAUCGAGUCUGCGUGGGGACUCGCCAAGGCGCUGCUCGUCCGCAUCAUGAAGGGGUGGAGCGGCCCGAGUGCCAACACACCGAGAGGACGAGCGGAGGCAGACCGCAUGGUGCAGACCUACCUGGACUGGUGCUGGUGGCGAUCCAUCAACGGUCCCACGAAGUGCAAAGACACCUUCCUGCGGCUCCUCGAAACCAUCGCAAGGCAGUACCCCCAAAGCAAAGGUAGGGAGAACUAG